GCCGGUAUGUCUCAAGCGGGCAGCGGCUAUUGCUGCGCUCUCCUAUAAAACAUAUUGUUCGUCUCGGCCCCAAGACAAUACAACAACGCCUCCGGCUAUGAAUAUGGAAGUAGGCGACGUUACCCCCACCGGCGUCCAACAUGAUGAUCAGACUGUUUCCAGAGAAGACUUUGGAAAGAUGCUAUUCGGAUGCGAGCAUUACCGGAGGCGAUGCAAAAUCCGAGCUCCCUGUUGCAACGAGAUUUUCACUUGCCGGCACUGUCACAACGAAGCUAAGAGCGGGUUGAGUGAUCCUAAGGAACGCCACGAACUCGUUCGCCGUGAUGUUAAACAGGUUAUUUGUGCCGUGUGCAAUACAGAACAGCAGGUUGCAGGAGUCUGUUUGAACUGUGGAGUCAAAUUUGGGGAUUACUUCUGUGAAAUUUGCAGACUCUAUGAUGAUGAUACAACAAAAGACCAGUAUCACUGCAAUGAAUGUGGGAUCUGUAGGAUUGGAGGUCGUGAAAACUUCUUUCACUGCCAGAAGUGUGGUUCUUGCUAUUCGGUGGGUUUGCGUGAUAAUCAUAUGUGUGUUGAGAACUCAAUGAAGAGCUACUGUCCCAUAUGCUAUGAGUUUCUUUUUGAGUCGCUGAAAAGCACAAUGAUCAUGAAGUGUGGACAUACUAUGCACAUGGACUGCUAUAGAGAGAUGGUUCACCAAAAUCAGUACAGAUGUCCAAUCUGCAGCAAGUCGGUGCUCAACAUGUCCAGAACCUGGGAAAGAUUGGAGGAGGAGAUUCAAAGUACAGUGAUGCCUGAGGAGUACUUCUAUGAAGUUCCAAUCCUCUGCAACGACUGCAACAACACCAGUACAGCAAAUUUCCACAUUCUCGGCCACAAAUGCAAGCACUGUAGUUCAUACAACACCCGCAUGGUAAAAGCCGAUCGCCGAUGAACCCUUUUAUGUGGAUCACCAAAACGGGAUUUUCGUGUUGCUAGACUCAAAGUUGAGUGGCAUCUGAAAUGUAUCUUAGUCUGUGUUAUGACAAAAAAUCAUGUCAUGUCAUGUCUCUGAUUCUCUCUUUUUAUAAGACAAUUUACAAUUUACAUUAAUCAAACCUGUCAUCUUCAGGCAAA